GCCACUCUAGAUAAAUAGAUAACGUAAAAAAGUCUGGUAUUCAAUAUAUAAUACACAAAGCGCCAAAAAAUAAAAUAAAAAAUAUACGCCCAACAAUACAUUGCGGGUUCUGUUUUUUUUUUUCUUUUGUGAACUUACCCUGGAUAAUGUUAUGACUCUCUUUACUCAGGGUCUUUAAUUCUGGUAAUAGUAGUGUGCGUAUUUAGUGCAUUUUUUACUUUUAGUUUUUAUAAACAAUGAGAUGCAAGACUCUAAAGGAAUGAUCUAGACCGGGAUGAAUUAAUGUUUGUCAAUUAAUGUAAAACCAAAAAUUUUUAUAACGAAACAUCGAUGUUAUGAGAAACAUUCUCCAACUCUAGAUGUAUCUGCUGAUAUAAGCAUUCUAGCCUGUGUUACUUUUAUUGUUCGCCAAGAGGAAUCAAUCUUUCUGGUUAUAAAUAAGGUAGAAGUAUAACUAUUCAGUGGGCCAUUUUAAAUUCGAUAACAAUAAUGCGUAUAGUAAAAUGGAAUUUUCAUAAUUUUCCAUGUACACAAAUCGUCACAUACACUACGACGGGGGAUAUGGAAGCAUAAUAAGGUUCAUCUAAUUCACAGUGACAGCAGACACAACGAGUUUACCAAGUGUAACGAGGUGCGGCGGUAAUAAUGGCGACACUGGCGUGGACCUACCAACAGUGUUUGUGCACCCUCGUGACUCUCAAUAGGCAAAAAUUGUCAUGGUUUUUCUUUUUCGCAAUGGUCUAUUCAUUAAUAGGAUGCCUCAGUGCAAUUAAUUACGUUUCUUAGUUACUUUGAUAUCAUUGUUAUCGAUAUAUUUGUGGAAACAAUAAUGAGUGAGCGAAAAUUUACGCGCGCCCUUGGGAAACCCGGCAUGGCUGCACAACUCCGAGAGACUGUAUCUCAGGUUGUUCGCGAAAGUACAGUCCAGAAUAAGCCGCGCUUAGUGGAUCCAGUGGACUUUGAGAAUUUUGUUUUUAAAAACAGAACACUUCUGCAAAACGAUCCACAGAGAGAAUUACUCCUUUAUCCACAGGAUGAUGUUUCUCAAAUUGUAUUGCCAAGAAAAUGCCGAACAGUUCAGUUGACCGCUGAAAAGAUAUUGUCGGCGACAGACGGUACUGAGGGUCUAUUGACUAGAGAAUGUCUCAAGAGUUAUGCAUCCAAUUGGAAUAUAAUACAUUACAAAUACGCUGCAUACAGUGGUACACACAUGGAUCUACCUAAAUUAUCAUCAAAGUCUAAUGAGUUCAAAGACGAAAUUUACGAGAUUGAUACAGAUGUUGAUCAAAUUGACGAAGAGAUGAGUAAAAAAAAUGACGGUAUUACCAAGGAGGGUUAUCUGAUGAAAGGCCCUGAAAUUGGAUUGGAAAAAACUGACCGAAUGUUCGCCCACAUUGGUUCUAAGUCAUUUAAAAGACGCUUCUGUAAUUUACAUCAAGAAGUCGAUGGAACAUAUAUUUUGGAGCUCUUCAAAGAUGAAAAAAAGAGUGAGGCCAAAUUAACAAUUGUCAUGGAUUUUUGUACGGAGGUUGUGAAAAAUCCUAAACGCGGAAGAUAUUGUUUUGAACUAAGAAUGAGCGGAACUGAAAAAUCUUAUAUAUUUGGUGCUGAUAAUGAGUCUGAUAUGCAAGACUGGUUGUUAAAAUUGAAUUUUGUAUUGCAACAUUAUCAACAACAAGAGGACAAACGUUCAUCAUCAUUAGAGUGUGCUGGACAUGUAACGCCACCCUUAAAUGCUCUUUCCUCUCAAUCUGCUCCAAUUUACGGUACACUCAAGGGAUUAGAUCAAAGCAUGAAUCCACAGUUGAUUAAGUAUUCCCGAGAAACUGAUACUAGUAUUCUACUUGCAAGAAGAGAGAAGAGAAAACGAUUAUUCAAUCUUUAUAAUAGCAAUAAUAAUAAUAAUAGUAAUAGUAAUAAUCAUCAUCAUCAUUCAGGAGGAAAGAAUUCUUCACCAGUGUUGACAUUAUCAAUGAUAUUAUCAGAGAAUAAUAACAAAAUUUCAAGUCCAUACGAGGAAUAUUUUGGCCAAAGAAUAUUGAUCAAAUGUGAAGCAUUGAAAUUUCGCUUACAAGCACCCAUUGACGAUAAUGAAACUCUGUGUCAAGUUGAACCUUAUCAGACUAGUCUUUGCCUAUUUGAUAUUCGCCAAGGCCGUAAAUUAUCUGAAAAUUUUUAUUUUGACGUCAAUAAUGAUAUUGCUCGCAAUAUGUUAGAUGAAUUAACUCCAAGUAUAAUGGUUAAUAAUGAAAUAGCAGACGAUGACAUUGAAUUAAAAGGAAAAAAUACCACUAAUGACAAAACAUUUGAAGAAUUUCAUAGACAAAUACCAACGAAAUGGUUAAAAUAUGUGAAUCAAGCGAUUUUUAGCAUCAGCAAUCCUCAUCCAGAAAUAUUUCUCGUUGUACGAAUUGAAAAAGUACUUCAAGGAAACGUAUAUCAAUCAGCUGAACCAUAUAUAAGAGCAACUAAGGAUCCCCGUUUGGGCCUGAAAGUUCACAAAAAUGUGAAAACAUGUUAUCACCGACUUGGAAAUUAUCGAAUGCCAUUUGCUUGGUCGGCAAGACCACUUUUUCGAUUAUACAGCAAUGAGCUCGAUACAUCGUCUGAUUUUCCAGCAAUUUAUCGACAAGAAAUCAAUAAAAUGCGCGAUGAUGAUAUCAUUAAAUUACUCUCUGAGUAUAGAAAACCGGAGAAAUUGAGUAAAUUAACUGUGAUACCUGGUUGGCUUAAAAUCCAUGUUGAAACAAUUAAUGAACUUCCCGAAAAUACAUUGACAACAUCGUUGGAGCCUAUUCAACCCUUUCCAAUACCACCAGUUACAUUACCAACUCUUGAAAUAUUGGAAUUUGAAAGCCCAUCAGAGAGAGAUAUUCUUCAUCCUUACACAACUUAUAGAAAUAACUUAUACGUUUAUCCACAGAGCUUAAAUUUUGAUACACAAAAGUUUUUCAACCGAGCUAGAAAUAUAUCGUGUAUUGUGGAGAUCAGGGAUAAUGAUGAGAUUGAGGACGAGAGUGGUGGAAAAAAAGCAUUGAAAUGUAUUUAUGAUAAAUCCAAUUCUAUAAUAUUAUCAACUAGAGGAAGCUGUCCAGUAUUACAUCACAGUGUAAUGCCUUCCUGGUAUGAAGAAAUAAAAAUUAAAUUACCCAACAAACUUCAUGCUAAGCAUCAUCUUCUCUUUUCGUUUUAUCACAUCAGCUGUGAUAUGACUAAGAAAAAGGAUAAUUGCAUCGAAACUUGUGUUGGUUAUUCAUGGAUACAUUUAUUAGAUAAAGGCAAACUUCUUAUAGAUAUGGGAAUUAAUUUACAUUCGUUGCCAGUUGCAACACAUUUACCAUCAGGAUAUCUUUCGAUUGAACCAUUAGGUCUUGGUCAGGGCAAUGCUGGUCCUGAUGUCACUUGGAUUGAUGGUCAGAGGCCCAUUUUCACAGUAUCAUUUCACCUCACGUCCACUGUAUUUACCAGAGAUUUACAUUUGCAUAAUUUGUUUGUCCAUGCUGAGAAAAUUUUGGAUAGAAAAGUGUCGACGAUAGUGCCAUGCGACAUAGAGACUUGUAAAAUAUUAAAGGCAGCACAUGCUAUACAACUUGUCACUGCAAUAACAUUCUUACCAACAAUACUCAAUCAACUGUUUGUAUUAUUAAUUUCCGGUUCAACAGAAGAAGUGUGUUUGUGCAUAAUUAGACUUUUGAUUCACAUUAUAAAUUUACUUCAUGAGGCCGGAAGAAGAGAUGUACUUCAGACGUACGUGAAAUUUGUAUUUUUUGCUCCAUCCAGUGGUACUAAUUCUCCAACUACAGUUCACCAACAACUUGUUAAAUAUCUUCCAACUCUUCUUCAACCAAGCAACACUGAUUUUCUUAUUGUCAAUAAGUUUAUGCAUCAUUCGAAUUUCUUUUUUGAAAUUAUGGUGAAAAGUAUGGCACAACAUAUGCUGACAACUGGAAGAAUCAAAAUGCAUCGCAAUGAACGCUUUCCAGAUAAUUAUUAUAAAGCAAUUAAAAAGUUAUUGGAAGUAAUUAUGCCUUAUUUGAUGAUCAAGUACAAAGAAAUGCCAGCGGAGACACACGAAUUAAAUAAAAGUCUUGCACAUUUCCUUAAGAAAUGCCUUACUUUUAUGGAUAGAGGAUUUGUCUUUACUCUCAUUAAUCAGUACAUGAGCCAUUUUACACCCGGUGAUGCGAGAGCACUCCAAGAUUAUAAGUUUAUUUUUCUACAAAUCAUAUGCUCCCACGAACACUAUAUUUCCUUCAAUUUACCAAUGAUGCAGAGCCGGGUAACAACGAAAGAUUUAUUAUUGGAAUACUACCUGUCUCAGGAGUUUUGUAAACAUCACUUCCUUGUCGGUUUACUGCUUCAAGAAGUGAAAUCUUCGCUCAACGAAAUAGUACAGAUAAGAAAAAUUGCUAUAGCCACGCUUCGAGAUUUACUCGCCAAACAUGAAUUAGACGAUAGAUACGAGAAUAAAGGCCAGAUGAGUCGCAUAGCAGCAAUUUAUAUUCCCUGGUUGGGGGUUGUGUUGGAAAAUUUACACAGGCUUGAGAGAACAGAUGAGACUGACGAUAAAUGCAAUAAUAAGCUUGAUGUAUUGGAUCCAGCAAGUUCCUCGAAUCGUGUGCCAAUGAGCAAUUCAUUGUUCAAUAAUAAAGAUAAAGAACAGAUGAAUAAUGAAACACCAAAAUCAGUGCACAGAUUGACACUCCACUUAGAUGCACAAUCGCCAAAACGAGCGUCCGUACAUUUGCGUGAUUCAACCUAUUUCGCUGCCAUUGCUGGACAAAAUUUAGCCAAUGGAUUAUCAUGUACCAGCAUAGAGUCUAACGCAUCAACUUUAUCAAGUGCCUCUUAUUCUCAUUUAUCACAAGACACAACAAUAGCCUGUUGUGAUUCUAGAAGCAAUGUGACGGUCCCUGAUAAUGAUGUAACAAGUGAACACAAUCGUAAAGUUGGGCAUUUAAGAUCAUUGAGUGUAACUCAAACAUCGCCGAGAUGUGACAAACUGCAAUCAUCGGAAAUGAAAGAUUUACUAAUUUGUUUUUUAUUUGUUAUGAAGUAUCUUGGUGAUCAUCAAAUAAUUGCUUGGUGGCAACAAUGCUCCAACAGUGAUAUUCAAAGUUUUUUCACUGUCAUUGAAAUGAGUCUACAUCAUUUCAAAUAUGAUGGAAAAAGGCAGAUAAUAUCGAAAAUUAAUUCCAACACGAAUGUAAAAGUGAAAACAACCAAAUCCAUGACACUGCCGGCUAGAAUAGCCCCACCAAUUUUUUCAUCAGAUAAUUCGGCAACUGCUACACUUCAGUCUCAUAAUAUACCACCAUCAACAAGAGAGAAUUUAAUCGACGAGGAGGAAAAUGGAAAAUUUCAGACAAUUCUACAAGAGGCAAAUUUAUCAACUGAAAUUGGACUCAUCGUACUCGAUUGCCUUGGAUUAUUUUGCAUUCAUUUUAAAGAAGUAUUACUUCUUAAUGACGGUGAUAAUAAUAUAAUGAAAAAAUUAUUUUAUAUUUAUUUGAAAUUUUUAGAAAUAGGCCAAUCGGAGAGUCUCUAUCGUCACGUAUUUGCAAGUUUUCGAGCAUAUCUGAAUAAUUAUUCAAUGGUAUUAUUCAAUGGGAGUGCAGUAUUAUGUGGACUUUUAUGUUAUCAUUUAUUAAGAUGCUGCAAUAGUAAACUCAGUUCAAUUAGACAAGAAUCAUGUGCAUUACUCUAUUUACUAAUGAGAAGUAAUUUUGAAUAUACAAAUAGAAAGGGCUUAACAAGGGUACAUCUUCAAGUAAUAAUAUCAGUGUCACAAAUGCUCGGUAACGUUAUUGGUCUUAAUAAUUCACGAUUCCAAGAGUCACUAUCUUUGAUAAAUAGUUAUGCAACGUCGGACAAAGUUAUGAAAGGAACAGGUUUUCCAAUUGAAGUUAAGGAUUUAAUUAAGAGAAUUCGUACUGUAUUAAUGGCGACAGCACAAAUGCGAGAACACAAUGAUAAUCCUGAAAUGUUGGUCGAUUUACAACACAGUUUAGCUAAUUCUUAUGCAAGUACACCUGAGCUUAGGCAUACCUGGCUCGAAACAAUGGCAAGAAAUCAUACGAGAAAUGGUGAUUACUCUGAAGCUGCUUGCUGUCAAUUGCAUAUUGCUGCACUCAUUGCUGAAUAUUUGAAAAUGAAAAAAAUUCAACAUUGGGGUAGUGAAGCGUUCGAUAAAAUAUCAAUAAAUAUUAGUAAAGAUGAAAAAGGAUUAAAACUCGAUUCCGGAGUGCAAGACGUCCAUUAUAAUAGUGCAAUUCUACUCGAGCAAUUGGAAAAAUGCACUGAAACGUUAGAAAAAGCUGAGCGUUUUGAACUAUUAGGGCCACUUUAUCGACUUAUUAUUCCUAUGCUUGAGAACAAACCUGAUUACAGUGCCCUGGCAACAUGUUAUUCUCAUUUGGCGCAAGCUUGUAAUAAAAUUGUUGAGGUAACAAGAACUGGUAAAAGAUUACUUGGACGUUAUUAUAGAGUUGCUUUUGUUGGUUCUGCUUAUUUUGAAGAAGAAAAUUGUCAAGAGUAUAUUUAUAAAGAGCCCAAAGUAACAUCACUUUCUGAAGUAUCGGAACGCCUCAAUCGUUUAUAUUCUGAUAAAUUUGGCUCAGAGAAUGUAAAAAUGAUUAUGGAUUCAGCACCAAUUGAUGAAACAUUACUUGAUACUAAAUUAGCAUAUAUACAAGUGACCCAUGUCACUCCUUACUUUGAAAAUGAAGAGCUUGCAAGGAGAGUAACUGAAUUUCAACAGAAUCACGAUGUCUCAAGUUUCAUGUUUGAGACACCAUUCACUAAAGAAGGAAAGCCUCAUGGCAGUCCAGAGGAGCAGUGGAAACGAAGGACUAUUUUAUUCACACCAUUUGCAUUCCCUUAUAUUAAGAAACGGAUAUUUGUUAUAGAGAAAAAAAUAAUUAAAUUAACACCGAUUGAAGUGGCAUUAGACGAAAUGAAACAGAGAGUUCAAGAGCUUCAGGAUGUCACUUUGAUUUUACCAACUGAUAUUAAAAAAUUACAACUGCGACUUCAAGGCAGUGUGUGCGUUACAGUUAAUGCUGGGCCACUUGCUUAUGCCUCAGCAUUUCUUGAUCCUGCCUUAUCUCCACAAUAUCCUGAUGAUAAAGUUGAACAACUCAGAGAUGUCUUUAGAGAUUUCAUUAAAAUAUGUUAUACAGCCUUGCAGAUAAAUAGUAAAUUGAUUACAAAUGAUCAACAAGAGUAUCAACGAGUUUUAAAAGAUAAUUAUUAUAAAUUGUGUGAUAACUUGUCGCCAUUACUUGGCGAAUCUAUAUGGCCAGGCGAUAUACAUGACACUUUCAAAAGAAAUAGUUCAGCUUUAUUUAAUGCUAUAAGUGGAUCGAAUAAUAAUCCACCAAAAGGGAUUAUCGUUUCAAAAAAUUAAUUUUUUUAUUUAAAUAACAAUUUUAUUGAAUCACAAUUCAUGAAGUCAUUUGAUAAUUUUAUAAAUUUAUAAACUUUUUUUACAAAUUUCGUGGACUUUCCAUGAAUUAUUAUUAAGUUUAAUCGAGCAUAAAUUGUUCAUGUAUAUAUUAUUAAUAAUAAUAAUAAUCCAAUUCCAUUAGAUAUAAAAACUUUCUUCUGAUAAGCAAAAAAAUUGGAUAAUUACAAGCCUUUUUUAAAUAUAUAAUUUCAUUUGCCCAUCUGUAGCAUUAAACUUAGAUUGUUCAUACUUUUAAUUGUAAACAAAGAGUUUCAAUAGAUGUGUUUUACAUUUUAUUUAUUGAAUAGUCAUUUACUUGGAUAGUCACAAUUGAAUAACUAAGUAUCUAAAUAUGGUAAACUACCGCUACGUCCAAUAAUUUAUUACUGCUUAUAAAUACGAGAUCAUUGAAAAUAUAUCAAAUCCAUGAACUGCUGCUGUAUAUGUGUAUUUUCUCUCUAAUAUUAUAUGUGAAAAAUAUUGUAU